CGGGAGGAGCUGUGCGGCCAGUCCGCCACCUGCAUGCUCCCCUUCGAGCUGCUGCUCUCCAACCCCCUGCAGUUCUUUCGGGUCGAGGUGGCUCUGGAGGAUAUCAAUGACCAUUCACCUGUUUUCCCUGUGGAACGAGUCACUUUUGACAUCCCGGAAAGGAGUGACCCCGAUUCGCGGUUCCCUCUGGAGGUGGCUCGGGACCUCGAUGUUGGCAGCAACACAGUCCAGGCAUACAGCAUCUCUUCCAAGAACGAAUAUUUCACUGUCUCCUAUGGAAGUAGGAGUAAUGGUGACAAAUAUCUUGAACUUGUCUUGGAGAAGCCGCUAGACAGAGAGGAGCAGGCAGAGAUGGGUUUCCAUAUUAUUGCUGUGGACGGUGGCUCUCCUCCCAGAAGUGGCACCAUCGAGAUCUAUAUUGUCAUUCGGGAUGUAAAUGACAAUGCUCCCAUAUUCACAAAAGAGCGUUACGUAGGGAAGGUUUUGGAGAACAUGCCAGAAGGGUCAGUAGUGCUGACUGUGCUGGCAACAGAUAAGGAUGCAGGAAUUAAUGGAGAGAUCUCCUGUCAACUCAGUGAAGUAGUGGGAGACAGUGACUCAAUAUUUGUAAUUGAUUACAAAACUGGUGAAAUUAAACUCACAAAACCUCUGGACUUUGAGGCUGCACAAAGUCACGAACUGAGUGUGAGAGCCAGAGAUGGUGGGGGACUCUCAGCCAUCUGCAAAGUGCUGGUGGAGGUGGUGGAUGUGAAUGACAAUGCCCCAGAGGUGGUGGUCAGCUCCUUCAGCAGUCCCCUCCCCGAGAACACAGCGCCCGGCACGGUGGUUGCCCUGUUUACGGUCAGGGACCGGGAUUCUGGGGCCAACGGGAAGAUCUCGUGUGGCCUCGAGGAUCAGCGCUUCUUCUCGCUGCGGCCAGCCUAUAAGAAUUACUAUGAGCUGGUGACAGUGAGCGCGCUGGACCGCGAGGAGACGGCUCGCUACAUCCUCAGGGUGACGGCGGCAGACGCGGGGUCGCCUCCUCUGACGAGCACGCAGACCUUCACCGUGGACAUCUCGGAUGUCAAUGACAACGCCCCCGUCUUCAACCAGACGUCGUACACCAUGUACGUGCGUGAGAACAAUGUGCCCACGGUGUUUGUUGGAGCCGUCAGCACUGCCGACGCUGACGUGGGGCUCAAUGGCAAGGUGAGCUAUUCGCUGGCAGCGGUGCAGGCGGCAGAGGGGCCUUGGUGCUCGUGCGUGUCUGUGAACUCUGAGAACGGGCACGUGUUUGUGCUGCGGCCCCUGGACUACGAGCGCUUGAGGCAGACGGAGGUGACGGUCAGUGCCUCUGACGCGGGCUCUCCUCCCCUCAGAGCCAACGUCAGCGUCCGCCUCGUGGUGCUGGACGAGAACGACAACGCCCCGCUCGUGCUGUACCCAGGCCAGGACAGCAGCCCAGCGUCCAGUGAGCUGGUGCCCGUGUCGGCCGAGGCGGGCUACCUCAUCACCAAAGUGGUGGCCGUGGAUGCCGACUCCGGGCAGAACUCGUGGCUCUCGUACCACCUGCUGAGGGCCAGCGAGCCAGGGCUGUUCACGGUGGGUGUCCACAGCGGGGAGGUGCGUCUGAGGAGGCCGGUGACGGAGAGAGACAGCGUGAGGCAGAAGCUCCUUGUCCUGGUCAGAGACAACGGCAAGCCGCCCCUGUCGGCCACGGCAGCUGUGAGCGCGCUCCUGCUCAAGGACUUGUCAGACGUGCGCCUCCCCGGGCACAGCAGCCCGGCGCCAGAGGAUCAGGCUGGCUCCCUCACCACCUAUUUAAUCAUUGCCCUGGUGUGUGUCUCCCUGCUCUUCCUCGUCUCCACCGCACUCUUUGUGGCUCGCAAGGUGUGCAAGAGAAAGGAGCUGAAGGCUGGCCAUGUGCUUUAUGGUGCCGACAACUUGCAGAGCGGCCUGGCCGAUGGGGCCGCUGCAGGGAGCCUGCCCCGCGCCUAUUGCUACGAGAUCAGCCUCACAACGGGCUCGGGCAACAGCGAGUUCAAAUUCCUCAAGCCCAUCCUGCCCAGCGUGCCACCACAGCACUGCGCCGUGGGCCAGGGCCCGGAGGAUGAACAGCAUUUCCCCUGUGUCCCUGUCAGCACCGAGGACACGGCACCAGACAAUCCUGGCACUCUCUCUGCAGGACACUUCAAUUCUCUUUCCUUCAACUAGCUGGGCUCUGCACUGCCAGAGGCUUCACUGCCCAUGGGAGAUUGGGAUCCAGGCAGCAGCAGGUGGCAAUGGUUUCUCCAGAGAAAACUUGUAUUUCCAAUGUCAUAAUCAAUUUCCUUCAUAUUCUAUUUCAGAAUAGAAGUUGUCAGGUUCUCCA